AUGUUGCUCGGAAAUGGAUGGCCGAUUGCUAACAAUUUGAUACUGGAGAACCGAGUGGGCAAUUGUUUAUACCAAUUGGACAGUAUCGCGUCGAUUUGCAUUGGAAGCGCCUGGUUUGCUUUCCCGAAAUGGCUCCUCCAUCGACAAGUGAACGUCGCGCUGGACGCGAGCCACGAGUUGUGCGGUCGAGUGAUGGGCGCACUCUUCGUCUGCUCGUUCUGUGUGGCACAGUAUGCCCUUCACUGGCCGACGUCUCAGGACCGCAAGGUUGCCAUUCGGUGUCGUGUUUUUGGCUGCGCCGCGAUUCUCUCGGCUCAAGUGUGGUCCCCAGUGGAAAUACCCGCG